AUGUUAUUCGAAGGUUCACUUAGUAAGUGGACAAAUGUUAUUCGCGGUUGGCAGUACCGAUUUUUUGUUCUGGAUCCCGCACAAGGGAUGCUUAUGUAUUAUACAAGUAAAGAAAAUAUGGCCAAAGGUGAACAACGUGGCGUUGUUCUAUUGAAAGAUGCACAUUUAGGUAUCGAUUCAGAAGAUGAUAGUACAUUUACUAUUCGAUCUAAUGGUAAAACAUUCCAUUUCCAAGCUCGUGAUGCUGAAGAAAGACAAAAGUGGAUAUCUAACCUUGAGGACGCAAUUUGUCUCAAUACAGUUAAUACGGACAAUCUAUCGCUUUCGAAUACAGCAGUUUUUCAACAUAAAAUAGCCGAAACUGACGGAUAUUUACAGAUAUUAAUUGAUCAAGUCAAGGAAUUAGAACAAAUUAGUAGUCAAAUUCAAGAUACCAAAGAACAAGAGGCAUAUAAUCGAGUUGUAUUAUCCGCAAAAAGAGUCAUUGAAGCUGUUAAAUAUUCGAUUUUGUCACUACAAUUAGCAAAAGUUCAAAUGGAUUCCAAUAGUGAAACGAAAACUGAUAUCGAUAUUCGAACUAUUUUAGUAAAUAUGAAUAUUAAUAAAGAUGAAAUUCUUAGUAAUAAUAAUGAAAUAUCACCAAUUACUGAUCAAUUCAUCGAUCGUACUGAUAAGAAUGAGAAAUCAAAUGAACAAAAUCAUGACAUGGAAUCUUUGGAUUUUCAUGCGACUGUAAAAACUGUUCGACAAAAAUUUCCCAUAUCAUCGUAUUCCAGUAGUGAUGAUGAUAAAGAUUUUUUCGAUGCCGAUGAAUCAAUCGACGGAUCGGUCUUUUCACCCACUACAGUCCAAGAACAAGCAGAUGAUAAAGUAACCAUGAAUGAUAAUCCAAUAAAUGAAACAACUCCUCUAAGUGAUAUACAAAUUCCAUUUGAAAUUUAUGAAUCUGCUUAUGAAGAAGGACUCGAAGAAGAGCUUGCGCCUAUUGAUGGAACGAUUAUUUCACAUUUAAUAUCUCAAGCUCGUAUAUCAAUGGAUUUAACAAAAAUAACAUUACCAACGUUUAUCCUUGAACGACGUUCUUUUCUUGAAAUGCUUGCUGAUUUUCUUGCGCAUCCGGAAGAAUUUGUAAAUGUUACAGAUCAUCAGACGCCGCGUGACCGUUUUAUUCAAGUUGUUAAAUGGUAUUUAUCUGCAUUUCAUGCUGGUCGAAAAAGUGCUGUACCAAAAAAACCAUAUAAUCCGAUACUUGGCGAAACAUUUCAAUGUUUAUACGAUAUUGGCUCAUCGUCAUCUUCGAAUGAAACCGUAGCUAAAGAUGGUCCUGUUCCAUGGGCAUCUGACAGUAAUGUUACUUUUAUUGCCGAACAAACAUCUCAUCAUCCUCCAAUUGCUUCGUUCUAUGCUGAGUGUCCUGCAAAACAUAUUCAGAUUGAUGGAUGCCUAUGGACGAAAUCGAAAUUCCUUGGUCUUUCAGUUGCUGUUCAUAUGAUUGGCGAUGCAACAUUAACAUUACUUGAUCAUGACGAACGUUAUGUGAUCACAUUUCCAAGUGCAUAUGGCCGCUCUAUUCUCGGCGUUCCUUGGUUUGAAAUGGGUGGUAAAGUAACCAUUGAUUGUGAAAAAACAGGCUAUACAGCUAAUAUAGAAUUUUUAACAAAACCAUUUUACAAUGGAAAAAAACAUCAAAUAAUUGGUACUUUAUUUGGACCGGAUAAGAAAGAAUUUUGUAAGAUCGAUGGUGAAUGGAAUGGUGUGAUGAAUGCAAAAUAUAGCGAUACGAAAGUAUCAGAAGUUUUUUUUGACACGAAAAAAACGGCGGUUAUUAAAAAGAUUGUUCGGCCUAUUGCUGAACAAAGUGAAUAUGAAAGUCGCCGUCUAUGGAAAGAUGUCACUUAUUAUCUAAAAUCCAAACAAAUGAAUAAAGCUACUGCAUCAAAAUCAUUCCUGGAACAACGGCAGCGUGAAGAAGCCAAGGACCGUGCUGAUAAAACACUUAAGUGGCAAACUAAAAAUUUUACCGAAUCAGGCGAAUUAAAAUGGACGUACGAAAAUAAAUUAAACAAGCGAUUAAAACAAUAA